UCAUUUAUACUCAUCGCAAUCAUUACUUAACAAAUUCAUUAUCAAUGCUGCUAUAGGACGUAGAUGUUAUUCGUCAUCACCAUGCCACUAUGGAAUAUGUAUAGAUAUUGAUGGCGUUCUUAUAAAAGGAAAAACAGUCAUACCUGAAGCCAAAAGUGCACUUCAAUUUUUGGGCGGCGAAAAUAAAUUAAAAAAAAAGAUUCCUUUCGUCUUAUUAACUAACGGUGGUGGUAUGACAGAAAUAAAAAAGGCUGAGGAAUUUAGUGAGAUUAUAGGUGUUCAAGUAUCUCAUUCUCCAAUGCGUCAACUUGUACCUAAGUUUAAAGAUUCUGAAAUAUUGGUGAUUGGAGGAAUGGGUGAUAAUUGUAAAAUUGUUGCUAAAAGUUAUGGUUUUAACCGAGUUGUACUUCCAAAUGAUGUAUUAGCUUGGAAACCAAGUAUUUGGCCAUUUACCAAGCUUAGAGAAGAUGAUUUGAAACUUACAAGGAAAUUGGAUUUUUCCAAUGUUAAAAUCGAAGCUGUUAUGGUGUUUCAUGAUAGUCAUGAUUGGGGGAGAGAUCUACAAAUAGUAUCAGAUAUCCUACAAAGUAAAGAUGGUUAUUUUGAAACUCUUGCCAGUCAUGAGGAACUUUCAGUACAGAAUAUUCCUUUAUUUUUUUCUAAUCCUGAUAUUAUUUGGUCAAAUGAUUGUUUUAUCCCAAGAAUGGCUCAAGGUUCUUUUAGGUUAUCUCUAGAACAUUUGUAUAAGCAAAUAACAGGAUUACAAAUCAAGUACACAUUAUUUGGAAAGCCUGAGCCAGUAACUUAUAAAUUUGCACUUAAGCUAUUAGAAGAUCAUGCUUUUGAAGCUACUGGACAUCGUUUACCUAAUAGAAAGAUUUAUGCUGUUGGUGAUAAUCCUGCUUCAGAUAUAGCAGGUGCUAAUGCACAUGGUUGGACUUCAAUUUUAGUAAGAACUGGGCUAUUUAAAGGAGAAGACAAUCAUCAUUUACAUCCAGCAAAUCAUGUAACUGAUAAUAUUUUACAAGCAGUAGAGUGGAUGUUUUAUCAAGAAGAAAAAGUUUAG